UGGUACUUUUUACUGCGAGCACACCAACAUGGUUUUGGUUACAUUUUUCUGUAUGUAAUGAUCAAUUAAAUUCAUAAAAAAAUUAUAAGUCAGUAUAUAGUUUUAACUUUUCAAAUACUUUUAAUUUUAUUUGUGUGAUUGGAUAAGUGAUUAAAUGCUUGAAGUGAAUAUUUCACAAAGUUCCAAAGUGGUAGACGACUAUCAGCAACACACGCGCAACAACUCCAUGUUACUUUCAAUAAGAAUAUGUAAACAAGAGAAAUUUUGCGAUUGUUGGAGAUUUAGUUUUAUUUAUUGUGAAUAAAGUUUUAUUAGUAAAUAAAUCAUCAUGGCGAACAUGAUAGAUAUGAUAACGGGAAGAGUCCAACAUUACUUGACAUUACCAAUGGUUCAACGGUGCUCAGAGCUUACUACGCUUAUUAAUGAAUUAAGCACAAAUGAGUUGCAACACAUCUUUCCAAUGCUCAUUAAUUCUAUAUUUGGUCUAUCUGGCGACAAUGUUGGCUGGAGUCUUCACACUUUGACAUUGAAAAAAAAUCCUUUGGAUUAUGAGAUCCUGUUGAGUUUUUUAAGCCCAAUGGGUCCAAUGUUUUCCCUUGUUUACAAACUACUGCCUGAUUGCUAUUUGAAAUACAAUUUCUCAGUAUCUUAUCUGCCAGCAAAAAUCAGACUCAUGCUAGAAGAGGGAAUCAUUCCACCAUUCUACUUGGACAAACUCAAAGAUGAUGGCAUUCGUCCGUGUGCAGUUUUGUGUAUGAAUCCCUUUGAGUAUUACAUCUUUCAUUUUGUAUUUCAUCUAACUAAUCCCUGGUUACAAGUCCCACCACAAGAGAGUAUUUUUUCAUCCUAUGACACUGUAUAUUUUGAGCUUGCCAAUAGAUACUUGUGUCAUUUUCUACCAAAAGAUAAUUCACCAGUAUUGCCUAUUAUUGGUCCAUACAUCAAAAAAACUUCUUCAAGAAAACUGAUGCAGUCACCAGACGUAAAAAGAAUGCAAACUACACGCCUUCUAAAAGCAACAAUAGUCAACCCUAAUUCUAUGAGCCCUGAAAGCGGUGUACCACAACAGCAGCAGUGCUUAUCACAGGUUUGGAGAAGUGAAACCCUUGUACAAGUUAUCCUUGAUUUUUGGCUAGAGUUUACAGAAGAUGAACACUUUUCUCUCAAUUCAAGUUUAUCAGUUCAUGGGAAUUUGCCUCGAAAAAGUUGUAAAUAUACUGCUGAGCAUAUGCGUCUUAUCAGACAGUUUAUAAAAAUUCUGUAUAAAUUUACAAAUAGUUUUAUCAGCGACGGAAGUGCCAUGGAUGAAUUAAAAAGAGUAAUCCUGCCAUCUGUGCAAGGAAAAAUUUAUACAUUCUUAAGCAAAACAAUGCAGCAUUGGCCACUUGAUGGAUCGUUUAUAAAUAUCUUGGAAGUUUGGUUGAGUUUUAUACAGCCAUGGAGAUAUGUUCCAGCUAUCUCAUACCUGAAACAAGGGCAAACAAUCAGAGAAGACAGAAGAGCUACUACGAUUCGCGACCCUGUUGAUUGGAUAUCGUUUGUUGCUCAGAAUUUGUUGGCAUACACCGCAAUUUUUCAACAGCUGCUACAGCGUUUUAUGAGACUCGAUCUAGUCGCUCCGAAAAAUGCUAAACAAUUGUUCAGAGUAACAAAGGUAUUCUCUCAACCUCACCUGGCAAAUAUGUUGCGGGACGUGGAAAACUGCAUUGACGAGGUUGCAUCGAUGCGCAAUCGCUCGACUAAUCAAUGGACAGGGAUGAUUCGCCAGCAGAUUCACGAUCUGGAAGGUCCAUCUUAUCAGUAUGUACCGAUGUUUUCUCAGGCUACUGUUUCCCAGGUGAUUUGUUUUCUAAAUAUGAUAAACCAGGCGUAUUCUACUUCAGUGAGUUUAGUAGAUGCGUUAGAAAAACAACGGGUAAAUAAAGGAUUCUUAUCAUCAAUCUGCGAAUUUUUGGGCAUUGAGAGUAAGUCUGUCAAUGAUGUAAGUCUUGAAACGCGCAGAGAGGUACCGGAUUACCUUGCAAGCGUGAGGAUUCAAUUGAUAGAGAUAUUCGAGAUUGAUGAAAACGCUAUUCCUCAUGUUCCUGCUGUUGCUGACCAGGAAUACCACGAGAGCGUGUUGCAGACGUCACAUCAUCAUCCAUCCACACUCGACUCUAGUUUCAACUCAAAAAGACCGGGCGUUUUUGUCCCUGUACCCGAUAGCCGUCAAAGUUGCAGAUACAUCGAGUACAUGGGUGAUCCCGAAUUGCAACCAGUUUGUAGCUACGAGAUCGCAUUCUUGGUUCGAUUAUUCUACAAAUUGAGCAACUACUUGAAUACAAAGUAUCGGCAACAACUAACGGAGACCUACAAUCGGGAGACUUUUCUCGGACGAGUCACUCGACAGAUUUUGCAGCCUCCGACGACCGUCGUGCAAUUGCCAAAACGCACAUCACAAGGAUUUUCGUCUGGAUACGAAAAAAGAUUACCACCGCAUGUCAGUCUCCGGUCGGCUGCUAGUUAUCAUUUUCUGGUUUAUUUGGCCAUCGGAAUGUCCGUUUUCUGGAUGCUUAGUUUCGGAACGACUCAAUACUUGGCUUUCUUACUUUCUCUUUGGACAUUUAUAGUAUUAUUCAAGGCUGUCACUGAGCCCUGGAGGACCAGAUGCACGACUGAUUUUUCUCACAGAGUUUCCUUUUCAACUAGCUUUUAUUGAAAAUGCAAAGUCAAUGUUUCUUCUGUUUUUUGCAGAGAUAGUCAUGCCAAGUGAUCACUGUAUUCCUUCAAAGAAAUUGUGAUUAUAAAUAAUAUCUAACAUAUAUUUUUUGCUAACUGACUGAAACGCGUAUUUUUAUAAAGAAUGAAAAAAUAUGGAACAAUUUAACUUUUACUUUUUAUAAGGAGACAGUGUUACACAUUAAUACACGUUUUACGUGAAAGUUUAUACUCCGUACAAUUGUGUGGACAACAUCGUCAGGAACAUGAUCGAUCAAUUAUUUAUUGUAAGCGCCAAGAUUCGAUAUUCUGCGCAUACUGGCAGCUUAAACCACAUGUUCAUUAAAGCAUUCGUUACCUUUGAACUUCUCGUAAAAGUGAAAUUAAUACUCUAAUCGAUCGGAUGCACUAACAAAAAAAAUUUUUUAAACGACGGAACAUUUAAGACAAUAUAUAAUUUAAUGUAAUGAUUAACGCUUAAUAAAACUUCCUUGUCGUUGCA